AUGUCGUCCACCUUGACCAAGUUCGCGCUGUUGGCCCUCUCUACGGGUGCGCUGGUGGAGGGCCAGUUUUCUGGCUGGAUAAAAGACCAGCGCAACACCACACUCUGUCGCUGGCCAUCAUUACGAGCCUCGGCGAUACAGGACGCCGUCUAUCUGGACGGCGGGAGGAUUUUCUGGGUGCCUGGGAUGAGUGAUGGCCAUUAUGAACUACCACAAUCGGACAACAACCCACUGGCGCUGGCUUACAAGCUCAAUUUCAGCCGGCCCUUCGACACUUCCACAGGCUUCAAUUACACAAACCUGCUGGAACCAAUGCCAAAGGUCGGCAGUGGCAAUGCCGGAACGAAUGUGGCUCCCAACUACGCAGACGGAGCAAUGCUCGCUAAUGAUCACGAGUUCUUUCUCUACGGCGGCACAUCACAGAACAUCCCAAUCUACAGACCCCAAGCUGGAAACGAGAUCGUCGGGUACAGACUAAGUCAGUACACUACCGCUGCGGUGCCUGGGCAAUUUUUUCCCGGAGGUUUCUUCGGGCUACUGCCAGAUACAGUCACUCGGUACAUCACAUUUGGCGGAGGCGCCAGUGCUCCGUCCGAGAACAAAGCUUGGUACUUCAGUGGCAUGCGCUCUGCUUCGGGAGGGCCGAUAUUCUCUUCCUUUAGCAACAAAACCAUCGCCCCGACCAAUACUUCACAAACGCUCAUCACCUUGGACAUGGGCCAGCAGAACUUUGAAACAUGGUCAAACACGACCGUGCCCAACAAGAUCACGGCUCGCGCGAACCCCGAGGUCGUCUGGGUUCCUGUUGGCCCGCAGGGCAUCUUGGCUGUGUUGGGAGGCGUGACAUUUCCAGAUUAUGCUACAGCAGCUGGCGUAUCUGAAGAUGCCGGGCAAAGCAUGCUGGACAGUCCCAAAUUCAUGGAGGAGAUCAGCAUCUACGACGUUGCAUCUGGUUCAUGGUACAAGCAAACGACCACAGGAGAUAUCCCCGGCCAGCUAGCGCAGGGUUGCACCGUUGUAGCCACUGCCCAAGAUGCCUCAAGCUUCAACAUCUACUGGUACGGUGGCUACCCAGCGCUGAAGAGCAACCAGGGGUUCGAGGACGGAGUCUGGGUUCUGUCCCUGCCUUCGUUCAUCUGGACAAAGGUGAAUAACGGGACGAUACCACAUGCUCGGAUCGGCCACAAGUGCGUGCGACCAUAUCCAGACCAGAUGAUGUCCAUUGGUGGCAUUGCGCAGUCUUCAGGUUCUGUGGUCGGCUGCCUCGAGGGCGUCGUUCAAGUCUUCAACCUGACCUCGGCUGAGUGGCUGAGCUCCUACAACCCGUCAGUCUAUAUGAGCAACUACUCCAUCCCAGACAAAGUGGUCCAGGCCAUUGGCGGUACACCGGCGGGCGGUGCCACCCAGAAAACCCCAAGGGGCGGCUGGGACGAAGAGGAUCUCGGUGGCAUCUUCGCCAAGGCGUAUGACCGGAACAAGAUAACCACCUACUUUCCUUAUGCUUCCGACACCUCGGAGCCACCGCCGCGUACAGAUCUGGAUGUGGGCAGCGGCGGCCUUCCUUCCUGGGUCGCCCCCGUGCUGGGCGUUGUGCUUGGCCUGGUCUUCCUCUCGGCACUGGUCGUGGCCAUUCUUCUGUACCGACGCCGCAAGCUACUGAAGCGCAACGGUGGCACGACGACCGUGUCUACCGCGGACGAGAACGGCGGCCGCAUCCUGUCGUGGAUCCGCGGUCAGCACAGCGAAAAGGCGCCGACGGUCAUGACGGAGGACACGACACUGCACCUCAAUGACCUGGACAGCAAGAUUGCACCAAUGGUGGGGAGCCAUGCCACUGGGCCUUCCACGGUUGCGACGUACGAAGCACCAAACAACAUUCUCUACGAGAUGGACGACACUUCCCGGCCCCCCGAGCUCAGCGACACCGGCCUGACGCCAGUCGACAUUAUCAACAAGCACACGCACUUUGCCAAGCGGCCCGAGCACAGGCGGCACCAGUCUGGCUCAUGGCAGUCUGGCACCGUCUCGCAGGAGCACGCGCGCUCCGUGAGCCCCAACUAUGCCAGCGGCAGUGAGCGCCCGGACUCGCCAUCUAUCGGAAACCCCAUCAGCAGCCCGAGCAGCGGCAGUCUCGCCGUCGCCGGCCCCGGCGCCAGCGCCAGUGGCGUGCACUCCUCGGCGGCCUCAAUGACGGCCCCCGCAGCCGCGGGCCUGCCGCCGCUCAUGGACAACCAUCACCAGCAGGCCAGCAGCACAGCGCCGCCGCCGCCCCGGAACGCCGUAAUCAGCGGCAUAUCCCUCCUCAGCGAGCAGGACCGGACUCACCUCCGCCACCUGAGCGCCUCGAGCGUCAGCUCUGCCACCGCCACGCUGCCAAACUCGGCCGGCCUCGUAAACGGCUUCCAGCAGCACCAGGACCACGAUGAACAGUACCAGCAAGUUGGCCCAGCCGAAGUGGCAGGCGACUAUCCACCACCAGUCUCUCCCUCGGCGAUGGGCACCCUGGACCUGCGCGGCGCCGGCAUGGGGACGCUCCUCUCGCCCACGCCGCCGAUAAGUCCGCCCACGGCAGAGGAGCGCGAGGGCAUGGACUACCUGACUUCACAGCCGGUGCGGUCAGCGGCGGGCGGCGACCAACGGAGGAGUGUCUUCCACGAGGACACGGAUGAGUUUGGUCAGCAGCAGCAACAACAGCAGCAUCAGCCAAGACAGCCAUAG